CUUGGCUCUAGGCUGGGGGCCUAGCCCUGCUCCGCACCCCCUUGUCCCAGCUUCCCACCCCCUCCCAGUGCCCAAACUGGGCUGGGAUGGGGGCGGGGAGGGGGGGUGCAGCUGGCCCCGGUACUGCUUUCCUGUGUCCACCUGCCCACCCGCCUGCCUAUGCUGGGGAUCUUUGUACCCCCAAGCACCUGGGCUCCCCUUGCUUGGGUUCUGGGGGUGGGAGUGCGGACCCUGGCUUCCCUGGGAGGGGGGCUGGGACCAUGGGUUCCCAUCCUCAUUCCUCCCGUAGCAAGGCCAGAAACCCUAUUGGCCAGCCAGCCUCCCUCCCUCCGUCUCCUAGCAACCGCUUCCCCCCCACACCUUUGUCACCAGUGACGUCACCCCCGGGUUCCCCCCCCCAUCCCCCACCGUGGCAUGCUGGGCUGCCAGCCAGGCCCCCCCCUCUUCUGCUGGCACCCCGGGGCACUGCCCGGUCUCCUGCGUCCCCGGGACGGGGGACCCCCCAGGUGACAGGAAGGAGGCAGAGCCCUUAGAGAAAGAGGCGGAGCCUCCUGAAAUGAAGACAGGGCCUAGAGAGGAAGAGGUGGAGCCACAAGCAGUGAAGGCGGAGCCUACAGAGGAAGAGUCGGAGCUCUGGGUCAUGAAGGCAGAGCCAGAGCUCCGUGAAAUGAAGGUGGAGCCUGUGGAGGAGGAGGAGGCGGAGCCCAUCGGGGAAGAGGCGGAGCCCCAUGAUCCACGCCCUGCAAGUCAGCGCUCCCCACCAGGCUUCAUCAACCUGCAGGGCCUGCUGGAGCCUCCCGUGGGCGUCGCGCCCUGCCCGCCCUCCCCCGGCACGGCGGAGCGGCCCUACCGCUGCGUGGAGUGCGGGCGGCGCUUUCGGCAGAGCGCAGCGCUGCUUGAGCACCGCCGCACGCACACGGGCGAGCGCCCCUUCCCGUGCGGGGACUGUGGGCGCUGCUUCGCCCAGAGCUCCACCCUGGCCGGGCACCGGCGCACGCACACCGGGGAGAAGCCGCACCCCUGCCCCGAGUGCGGGCGCCGCUUCGCCCGCCGCUCGGCCCUCACCGAGCACCGCCGGGCGCACACGGGCGAGACGCCCUUCGCCUGCCCCGAGUGCGGGCGCCGCUUCAGCCGCACCUCCAACCUGGUCAAGCACCUGCGCACGCACACGGGCGAGAAGCCGUACCCCUGCCCUGAGUGCGGGAAGCGCUUCGGCCUGCGCUCCAACCUCCUCAAGCACCUGCGCACGCACACCGGGGAGAAGCCCUUCGCCUGCGCGCUCUGCAGCCGCCGCUUCGGCAAGAAGACCCACCUGGCCUCCCACGGGCGCACGCACACAGGCGAGCGGCCUUACGCCUGCGGGGACUGCGGCAAGCGCUUUGCCCAGAGCUCGGCGCUGCUGGAGCACCAGCGCCUGCACACGGGGGAGAAGCCCUUCCCCUGCCCCGACUGCGGGCGCCGGUUCCCCGCCCGCGCCAAGAUGCUGCAGCACCGGCGCACGCACACCGGCGACCGCCCCCACGCCUGCCCCACCUGCGGGGAGGCCUUCCGCUACCGGCCCCAGCUCGCCAGGCACCUGCGGGGGGGGCGCUGCCCCCAGGGGGACGGUGGGGGCUCUGUGGCAGUCUCGGGGUAGGAGGGCAGUUUGGGGGGUGAGUGGGGUAGUCC